AUGGAAAUUGAUGAUAAGUCGAUCAAAACUACUCAAAAAUCAUUGCAUGAACACUUAGAAAAGUUAGAAACAUGUUUAUUGGAGGAAAAUAUAGAAAGAUUUGAAUUUUCACAAUUUAAAAACAUUGAACCCAUUGGGAGUGGGGCAUUUGCCAUCGUAUUUUCUACCAUCUUUCAAAAAAAGAAAUAUGCACUAAAAGAUUUAAAAUUGAACUUAUUCAUGGAUGCUGAAAUGAUUAAAAAAUUCAUUGACGAAAAAGCUAUUGCUAAUACUCCUCAGGAUUACGUUGUUCUUUAUGAAGAGUGCUGGUCUUCUAAUCCGGAUAAACGUCCAAAAGUAGAUGAAGUUUUGAGACAACUUAAAAAGUUUUCGAGUAAAGCACCUGGCGAUGAACAACACAUCAAUGUAGUCAUUAUUGUCAAUAAUGAAAGACGUAUAUAUGCAAUUAACGAUUUGGAUAAGUCAUUAAACUUGAAAGAAGUUCGACGACGAUUAUCAACCGAAGAGAAUUUGUUAUUGGGUCGACAAAAUAUCUAUUUUUAUGAUCGAUUUAAAGGAAAAAUAUCACGAGAUCAUGAGAAUAAUUAUACACUUGAAAAAAUUUUAAUUUCUGAUGGUCUUGACCUUUCAUUUUGUAUUGAAAUUGACCAUUCGAAGCCAAGUUUUCCAAAAAUUGUACAGCGAUUUGAUUUAGAUAAAGGGCGAAUAUUUGAUGACGGAGUUAUGAAAAUAGCUGAAAAACAAGCAUUCACAAUUAAAAAUCUUCAUGAGAAAGACAUCAAUAUUCAGAAUGAACACUCUAUUAACAUAGGCGAUAGUAACAAUACUGUAUAUAAUCAGACGGGUUCUGCUAGUUUUUUACCGAAAGAUUUGCUACUAACUGAUGAAUAUAUUAAAGCUAUCAAUGAAGCAUUAGAUGACAGUAAGAGCGCUGAAGAACAAAGAAAAGCUUUGGAUCUAGUAGGGAAGGAAUACGGUCAAUUCUGGUAA